AUGAAGUGCAUCGCUGUAGUCAUGAUGAGCUUGGCCGUUGUUGCCUCGGGAGCCGUCACCUAUUCCGUCCCAUUGGCUUACUCCUCAGCUACCGUCGUACAGCAGAACGUGGUCCCACGAUAUGCCUACGCCGCUGCCCCCGUGACCUACGCCGCUGCCCCCGUGUCCUACGCCGCUGCCCCCGUAACCUACGCCGCUGCUCCAGUUACCUAUGCCGCCGCUCCCGUCACCUACGCUGCCGCCCCAGUUACCUACGCAGCUGCCCCACAAACCACGGUUGUUCAGGCUAACGUUGUUCCGAAGUACGCUGCCCCGGUUGCCUACGCCGCUCCAGUUGUGACCGGAGCUGUGGCCUACAGCUCGGAUGACUCCACCGUCGUCGAAGCCGCUCCAGUCCAGGCCGUUCAGGCUGCCGUCGUCGCUCAACCCGCUGUGGCCGUCGUCGCCCAGAAGGAAGCCCGCUAUCUGGCCGUCAACCGAGGAGCCGUCCAUGAUGCUCCCCUGGAUGGACACACCGUGUCGCAGCAGUCGCUGAAUCUGGAACCCGCUGCCGGAACCGUCUAA